AUGUCUGCUACUCCUGAACUGGCCAAAAACGGCCCAGGAGCAUUUGUAAGGCCCAGCAAGCGGCAGAGCAGAACGGACGACGAUGUUCGCGGUAGAUUGAGCGAUAGCAUAGAGGAGAACCCUAGCGAUAUCUGUACAUACCUAGAACUUGUGCGACUGCUUCAGGAUGAGGACCAGUUGUCUGAUGCACGCCAAGUGCUAGAUCGACUACAUGAACGAUUCCCGCUGUUUGCGCCUCUCUGGACUAUAGAACUCGGGUACGACCUUGAACGCGACGAAUUCGCACACGCAGAGACUCUGCUAACCCGUAGUCUUUCGGGUGAGCUGGACAAUAACGAUCUCGGGUUGUGGUUUAUGUACUUGGACUUUGUUCGUAGGAAGAACAACAUCAUCACAGGCGGCGAAGAAGCACGUAGCGUGGUACUCAAGGCAUUUGAUGCUGUUGCCACGAAAUGUGCAAGCUACGAACCGCGGUCAUCUGCGUUUUGGACUGAGUAUUUGUCAUUUCUAGAACAUUGGAAGCCCGUCAGUAAAUGGGAAGAGCAGCAACGAGUGGAUCUUACACGUUCGCUUUACAAACGCAUGCUUUGCAUCCCGUUCGAUGGACUGGAAAGAUCGUGGAGCAAAUACACUCAAUGGGAACAAGAAGUUAAUUCCUUGACAGCUAGAAAGUUUAUUGGAGAGCUUUCCGCUAAUUACAUGAAGGCCAGGUCUCUGUAUCAAGAAUGGGCCAAUAUUACAAAAGGUUUGAGGAAAACAUUGCCAUCUCGUCUGUCCCAAUGCUCUCGUCAAACAAUCCCACAGCCUGACCACUACGAUAUCGAUCAACUGCGAUUGUGGAAGGAAUGGAUCAAUUGGGAAAUGCAGAAUAAACUGGAUUUGCCAGAGCCAGAACACAAUCAACGCAUAGAAUAUGUUUACAAACAAUCGAUACAACAUCUUCUGUUUUCACCUGAAAUCUGGUAUAACUACUCCAUGUACGUUAUGUCAAGCUCAAGUGCAAAAGCAAGAGACAUUUUAGUGGCAGGAACGAAAGCCAUUGCGAACUCUUGCACUCUAGCUUUCAAACUGGCAGAGUCUUAUGAGCUUCAAAACGACGUGAAUGAGAUGCAAUUGUGUCUCGAGAGAUGCAUUGACUACUUGGUCCUAGAAUACCAUAUUAUGAGUGACGAAAACCAAGACACUUACGAAAAAAGGCAGAAAAUAACCUUCGCCUACUGUAUUUAUAUGAAUGCAAUGAAACGGGUCUCCGGACUCUCUGCUGCUCGUAAGGUCUUUGGGAAGUGUCGUAAGUUAAAGGACCUUUUGACCCACGAAAUCUACAUUGAAAAUGCAUACUUGGAAUACCACAACCAAAGUGACCACAAAACGGCUUGCAAAGUACUUGAACUGGGCAUGAAGUACUACUCUGACAGUGGUGAGUAUGUGAACAAGUAUUUGGACUUUUUGAUUUUAAUCAAUCAAGAUAGUCUAAUAAAAUCGUUAUUCGAAACUUCGCUGGACAAAGUAGUGGACGCAGACCAAUUGCAGACUAUUUAUAAGAAGGUCAUCAACUAUGAAUCGAAGUUUGGAAGUUUGAACAAUGCAUAUUCCAUCGAGAAUCGGGUUUUUGAGAAAUUUCCACAUUUAGAGAAAAUCGAAGUCUUUACAGACAGGUACCAGAUUCAAAACAGUAACUUGGUCAAGAUGCUUGAGCUCGACUAUUUACAAGACUCCAACCAUCCAUUCCAAAGCUCGGAGCAUGGGCGCAAAAGACUGAGAGAAAACUCAUCCUCAGCAUCUGCAUUCAAUAAUAAUAAAAGACAAAAAUCAGAAGAUUUUGUCACAGACAAGGUUAUCGAGAUCCUUAAAUUUCUACCAAAACGUCAGUAUUUUAAGACAGCAGUUCUGGACGCUGAAAAACUAACAAGAUACCUGUCUGAAAAUGUAACCAUACCGUCUAGUACGGAGGCCAAUCAGAUUGUUUAG